AUGAAGAUAUCGAAGUCCAUGUGGAUUUUUCAGAGCCUCGAAAUGGGACGCGCGGACGCGCUCGAGCCGCUCCGUGGUGACUGGAAUCGCGACAAAUUCAGCCAGGAAGUUCUAGACGCCCUUGAUGAAAUGGCCGAUGACGAAUCGCUAUUGCUUGAGGCCUGUCGACAAGAUUCCCUUUAUCCGAUCUACUUUGAGCAUAUCAACGCUGGUCGAAUGCAGUUCGCUUUGCUAUUCCUUUUUGCCCUUUGCGUUGCGCAGACGGUACUGACGGUAUUGCUCCAGGAAUGGAUCCUCCUUAUGUUUCUGGCCGUAGUUGACGUCUUCAUUCUUGGCUGGGUAAUAUUCCACAAAGGCAACUCUAUAGUGCUCUCAUCCGUGGUCAUCCUGUGUUCAGUGGUGCUGCUCGCAUGCGCUCCUUACAUAGUGCACUCAUCACUGACAGUGCUAAUACUAUUUCUAUGCUAUACGCUGCUACCUCUGCCUUUGAUUCCUACGGUGGGUCUCUUCCAUCGGUUUCUUGGUUUAUAUGCAUCGGCAGCUGCUGUCGUCUCCGCAACGGGUCUCGCUAUUCAGCUUAUAAACAAUGCCGAUGGAAUCAUGGUGAAAGACGACAUGCAAGGGCACGAAAAAGAACAGAUGUUCCACAAAAUUUACAUACGAAAGCAUGAGAACAUCAGCAUUCUAUUCGCCGAUAUUUGUGGCUUUACCACUCUCGCAUCGGAAUACACAGCAGAAGAGUUGGUGUUAAUGCUUAACGAGCUUUUCGCACGAUUCGAUGCUCUAGCCGCUCAGCACAACUGCAUGAGGAUCAAGAUCUUGGGCGACUGUUACUACUGCGUCAGCGGUCUGCCGGAUGUCAACCAUCACCACGCCGCGUGCACGGUCGAAAUGGGGCUUGACAUGAUCGAGACCAUCAAGCUGGUACGAGAUAUGACACGAGUCAAUGUGAAUAUGCGAGUCGGUAUCCAUUCUGGUCGAGCUCAUUGCGGUGUGUUGGGACUAAAGAAAUGGCAGUUCGACGUGUGGAGCGAUGACGUCACUUUGGCAAAUCACAUGGAAAGUGGAGGUCUGCCCGGGCGUGUUCAUAUUACUCAGGCCACCUUGGACUCGUUGAACGAUGAGUAUGUUGUCGAAGAAGGCCAUGGAGAAGAACGAUCCAAGUACCUCGCUGAACACCACGUCCACACCUAUUUGGUCGUCAAGGCUAAGAACAGUCAAGGAUCUACGCGACCGGUAGCAAGACUGCAGAUGAACAAAGAGCUUCGCCUGACUGGACACGCCUCAACGCUGCAAAGAGGACAGAGCCUCAGGCAAGCGGUGAAACCGACAAAGCCACUGAAGGAUGAUGUCGAAUCACAUCUGAAGCAGGGAAUCCAGGCGAUAAACAAGGAGAGUUGGCGGCAAACUCAUUGCCGUCGCAUAACAUUGAGAUUCAAGGAAGACAAUGUUGAGAAAAAGUUUCUGGAAAUCAAGGAAUCCGCUCUACUUGCACAAAUUUGCUGCUAUUUCUUCAUAUUCAUUCUUGCCUGUUGGAUUCUGAUCAUUGGAAAACUAGGCAGCUCCGCAAUGUUUGUCUGCAUGAGUGUUGCAUUUAUAGCGCUGGUCUUCCUACUCAUAUACAUUGCUACCAAGGCGAUUUUGCUGCGAAACGCCAAGAGAGGUGCUAAGAAGUUGAACUGUUCACGAGCAGUCCGAAUCGUGUUCAUUGGCGCUCUUCUGCUUCUUGCCCACUCUGUCAUCAUCAGUGUCGGUCGAUCUUUCACCAUUUUACAAAUUUCGGUAGAUAAUUCCGAAAAAUACAGUGCCUCUGUGAACGCUUUGGACACCGAUCAAUGCACUUUUGAAUGCACAACGCAUGGCCCGAUUCUUAGCAAUUCCUCGUGUCACGAAGUUUCGUCUGGCCAGGCGGAGCUGAUAUUCGAAACAAGCCUACUGUUGCUGCUGUCCUCUUGCGUGUAUUUGGCUUUACUGUCGUCCUCCAAGGUCUGCAUGGUACUUGCGUUAUGCUCUAUUGGCAUCACGCUGAUGUGGCUGUUUCCUACCGCUCAACUCACCAAUCGACAGUUCCACGUGUGGCUUCAUAGGAAUCAGUACUUCAGCAAUUUCACCGUCGUGGAUCAAUUGGAGGCCUACUGCAGGUACAGUCGAAAUCCCGGAUGGCAUCAAAAGAAGGCUGAUGUGCGGACUGCAGCAGCACACCUAAUUAGUAACUUGUCAGCGGUCGACGAUCUUCGUAUUUUUUUCACCGUAACCGCGGCUUUUGCAGUCGCCUUGAUUCUGAUGCAAACCCGUCGAUCCGAGCUGAUCUCUAGAUACGACUUUAUCUGGAAACUCCAGCUACUUGACAGAGACGAGUUCAAGUGUAUAGAGAAAAUCAAAACGAUCUCAACGACUUAUAUGGCAGCUAGUGGUCUUGCUGGAAAGAUCGAAGGCAACUCACAUGUCGUGGCUGUAGCCAACUUUGCUCUGCAACUACUUGCCAAAAUUCAAGUCAUCAACGAGCACAGCUUUAACAAUUUCGAUCUUCGAAUAGGAAUCAACACUGGUCCAGUGGUUGCUGGUGUCAUAGGACUGAUGAAGCCUCAUUACGACAUCUGGGGUAAUUCAGUGAAUGUCGCUAGUCGUAUGGAUUCAUCAGGAGUGCCGGGAAAAAUACAGGUUCGGAAUUCACUUUUUGACAUUCUAAUU